AUGGCGCCCACCGCAGUCACCGACGCCGUCCCGGCUCCCACCACCACGCCCGGCAAGACCGCCAACGUCGACAACACCUCAAAGCCAGUUGACCUGAGCAUCUUCCCCGACGGGUUCAAGACGUCGGGCCAACACCCACCCCUGUACGACCAGCUGUACCCGUACAGCGCGUUCCCCAAACAUAUCAGCGGCCCGACAGUCUGGUCGGCCGAAGAGUACGCAGCGCACCCAGAGCAAUGGACGCACGUCUUCUCGGAAGAGGAGAUCGCCGAACUCUCCUCAGCCGCGGACCAGUUCGCGGCGCAGAAGCUCCCAUUGACGGGCAUCAACCCCAGCAACUUCCCGCUGCCGAAGCUGGCGGGGUCCCUUAAAGCCAUGCGCAACGAACUGCUCAACGGCAAAGGCUUCAUUCUGUACAAAGGCUUCCCCGUCGAGGAAUGGGGCACGCACAAGAGCGCGAUCGCCUACAUGGGCCUGGGCACAUACAUCGGCUACCCGGUCAGCCAGAACGGCAAGGGCCACAUCCUCGGACACGUGAAGGACCUGGGCGAAGACAGCACGCAGAUCGACAAGGUGCGCAUCUACCGCACCAACGCGCGCCAAUUCUUCCACGCCGACGACUCGGACGUGGUCGGCCUGCUCUGCAUCGCGCGCGCCCAAGAAGGCGGCGAGUCCGACGUCGCUUGCGUCCACCACGUCUGGAACAUCCUGCAGGAGGAAUACCCGGACGUGGCCGAGCUGCUGACCCAGCCCAUCUGGUACUUCGACCGCAAGGGCGAAGUCUCCCAGGGCGAGGAACCCUACAUCCGCACCAGCGUCUUCUAUCUCGAGACGCCCGACCCGCAAGACCCCAGCAAGGAGCAGCGCCUCUACAGCAAGUGGGACCCGUACUUUGUGCGCUCGCUCACCCGCUUCUCCGACAAGGGCAUCAUCCCGCCGCUGUCGCCGCAGCAGGUCCACGCCAUGGAGACCCUCGAGGCCGUCUGCAAUCGCGUCAGACUCCAUAUGGUGCUCGAGGUCGGCGACAUCCAGUUCGUCUCCAACGAACAUAUCUUGCAUGCCCGCACCGCUUAUACCGACUUUGCCCCGCACACCGGGCACCCGCGACGCCAUCUCAUGCGUCUGUGGUUGAGCACCCCCAUCAGUGAAGGCGGUUGGAGGUUGCCGUUCCAUGACGCAAAUGAGAGGAAGAGGGGCGGUAUUCAGGUCGACGACACUCCUCCGGUGGCGAGAUUGGAUGCUGAUUAG